AUGAUCACAGGAAAUUUGUUUGACUUUGUAUGGGGAAGUGUUGAGUUGGCCCUGAAUAUUCUAUUGUACUCCAGAUUGAAAUUGCCACAAAAAGUGAUGUCUCACGGUCUAUUACGUAUGUCACUCGUUCGUGAAUGCAAUUACAACUUUGGGGUUGAUACUAAGAUUGUCAGAUAUGUUGUAGCCUCCUUACUCACUCCGAAUAUGGUUUCACACUUUCGUAAAUCCAAUAAUUCUUAUCACUUCAUAUAUGGUUGCUUCAUGUGCUUUGAUGCCAUGAUUGUUGCCGAUAUACUUCCCAUGACAGAUACUAUAUAUGCUAUGAUCCUCAUUUUACGUUUGUUUCAUCUUUUAGAAAUCAUACCCAAAGUUUACAAAGCCACCUUGUCGAUAAAGAUUCAUGUGAAAAAGGCAGUAAAAGUUCAAUUCAAUUUGUUGAAUUAACUCAAUACAACAAAUUCAAAUAUUAUAAUUUCUAAGAAAUUAGAAGUAUCUCCUCCAAAUUCUUCACAAACCACAAAUGCGAGUUCGCUCAAUGAAUUUGAGAGUACCCAAAAGAGUAAGAGGAGACCUCAAUUUCCAAAUGUCUAUUAGAUCAAAGUACAGACAUCAAAAACAACGAAAAUCAAUAUAUUAAUUGAUGAACCUGAUAAAUUUGAUCUACUAUUUGAUUAAUAAUUAAACAUGGAUAGAAGGAUGAAUCUAUAAAUCAAGCUGAAUUUAUGUGCUCAAGUGUAUUAGAAUUUGAAAAAACAUUAUCCCUGUGAAUGGCUUCUUAGACAGAUUGCUCAAUAUCAAGCCGAGUUAUUACUAUUAGAUUAAUGA